GAAUCUGUGAAUGGCAACUGAAUCUUACAGCAAAGAGAAUAUCAGGGGCAUACACUCAAUUAAAGAGGACUUAAAAAUACUAUGUCACUUUGAUGCCUUAUCAGAGUUCUUUAUGGUAGACUACUACAUAGAGUCAGGAUAUGAACUGCUACCCAAACCGUGGCUUGAAAUUGCCACAAAAAAUCAUAAGGUUUUCCUGAAGCAACUCUGCAGGUAGUUUGCUACCAGGAAAAACGUUUGACAUCUCUGUGGUUAUGCCUCUAUCGUUGUUGUGCUUUAUUGCUUUGAUUAGAAAGAGAUUAUCUUUGAGAAGACGACAACUAUCUCCAGGAAAUAACCUUCCUAUUUCCUGCAAAACACAAUUAAAGUUUUUGAAACCCAAGAAAAUACUUGAAUUAUCAGCAAUGUUGCCUUGUGUCCAAAAAGUGAUAUCAGAUGAAAGAAUCUCACACAUUGUUGACAUUGGCUCAGGAGUUGGUCACGCAUCACGGUUCAUUGCGAAACAGAAUCCUAGCUGUUCAAUUCUCCGAAUAGAAGCCCAAUCAACUCUGAUAAACAAAGCAGAAAACAUUGAUGAAAGGUUUGGUAAAGCAAGUAAACCAGCAAACAUUUUCUCUGCGGUCUGUAGACUCAACCUGGAUAGCAAUAUAGUUAGUUCCUUUAUUGAAAUACUACAAGAGGCCGACAAGGCAAAUGGGACUAGUUUUGCUCAACGCAACAGCCGUGUUUUGUUACUUGGUCUACAUCCUUGCGGGAAUUUGGGAUCCUUUAUGUUGCGAUUAUUUAAAGGAUGUGGAACUUGCCAAGGAAUUGUUAUCGUUAGCUGCUGUUAUAUGUUUAUUGAUAAAGAGGAAGAUCAAAAGGGAGGAUUUCCGCUAAGUAACUUUGUGGAAGAACAAGGUAUUAUGAGACUUAGUGGUCAACUUAAGGAGCAAGCCUGUCACAAAGCUGAGUUUUAUCUCUCCAGACUGCUGGAACAGUUAAAAGAUCCCGAUAACCUUGCUCAAAAUUGGCGGUCGAUUGCAGAUAUUUUUCUGAGCAAGCGAGACUCAAAGUGCUCAAGAACUUGGUUUAAAUUCAAGAAACGAUCAUCUGGUGAAGGUAUCGUUGAUUUUAUCAACAAAAACUUGAAACUACACAAACUCACGUUUUUAGAAAAAGAGGAAGAGGAACUUGCAUUGGAGCUGUCUGUUGUUGAUCAGUGGAGAACAUGGGCUUACUACCUUGUCUAUAUUGUAAAACUUUCAUUAGGGGUCGUUGGGGAAUGUGUGAUCUUGAAAGAUAGACUUUCUUUUUUACUGGAAUGUGGAUACAGUUCGAAAUUUGAAAUACUUUUUGAUCCGAAAGAAUCGUCCAGGAAUGUUGCAAUCAUUUCUUCUAAGUAGGAAUUUUUUGAUAUGAUGUUCAUUAUAAUUGCAUGAUUCUAUUUUGGGAGUGAAAACAAGUAAUUGGUUAUAAUAUUGUAUACAC